AUGGACCCAACCGAUGCGAACGGUCAAGUAACCUUCGAAAGCCGCGAGGCUCCGCUUUCUGUCGCUGUACUGGGCACCGGUAUUGCCGUGUGCUGGCUAGCCAACUACGUGGGGAUGCUUUGCAAAAGUUAUCAGGACCGAACAUAUGCCAUGGCGUUAAUGCCACUCUGUUGCAACUUUGCAUGGGAGCUAGUCCACGGCUUCAUCACUCCAGAAAAGAAUGGGAUGUGGCCAGCAGUCUAUGUGUGCUGGUCUGGCUUGAACGUGGCCGUGAUCUACACAGCCAUGAAAUUCGCGCCCAAUGAAUGGGAACAUGCGCCUCUCGUGCAGCGUAACAUCCGAUACAUUUUUGCGAUCAGUAUCGUCGGCUGGAUUACGGUCCAUUUGGCCUUGGUCAUCCACAUGGGGCCACAUCUCGCUCAGGGUUGGGGUGCCAUGGUUUGCCAACUGCUGCUGAGCGCAGGUGCGUUGUGCCAACUUCUUGUCCGGGGAAGCACUCGGGGCACGUCAUUCUUUCUCUGGGCCACUCGCUUUAUUGGAACGAGUCUCUGUCUACCCCAUGAGAUUUUGAGGUAUCACUACGGAUACACGGAUGUUAUAUUCAACAGCCCCCUAGGUUGGUGGGGUACAGCAGCAUUCUUUAUUCUAGAUGUUUCGUAUGGCAUCUGUCUUUGGAAUAUUUAUAAAUAUGAGGAAACACAUCAAAUCAAGGGCGGAGGGAGGCAAAAGACUUGUAUGUCUGGGAAGGAUUAA